AUGAAGCUCCCAACCAUCCUCCUCCUCCCCCUCCUCCCAACCACCCUCUCAACUCCCGUUCCCAACACCACCACCCCCCCUUCCGAGAUCAACGCCCCCUGCAACUACGACCUCGGCGACUGCGCUCCGCCCCUAACAUGCAUCCCCCUCUUCCCAACCUGCACCCGCUGGACAACCCUCAAAGAUCACUCCUGGCCUGGUUGCCCAGGCACCUGCCAACUAAUCGACCUCUCCAGGCAGAAAAUCUACACCAAAUGCGCCGGAUGGGGCCUCUACGACAACUGCGACGAGAGAGUAGAAUACUGCACUGACGAUCCCCGCAAUAGCGGCUGCGGUCCUUCCUGUGAUGGCCCUGGGAUUUGCCAACCUAAUGACGAUUGGUGCGGGGGGGAGGACAAACGGGAGUGUAGGGAGGGGUUGGCGUGUUUUAUUCACCCGCCGGUGACUGUGCAGGGAGAAAAAAAUCCGUACGGGGUUUGCUUGCCGUUGCGGUUUGGGAGUGAGUACUAUGAGAAGACGGGUUUGGAGGAGAGCUGGGCGGAGGAGUGGGAUGGGUGGCAGGGGGAUCCUUAG